AUAAAGACAUGCUGUGCCAGUUUCAGUGGGUAGAGGAAUUAUUUGACUCAGGCAAAGAUCAUGGAGGUCACAUCUCAGCCGGCUGCGUUUGCACCCAGAGACUUUCACACGGGCUUGAUGAGCUGCUGUGAAGACACGAGCGUAUGCUGUUGUGGCUUCUUCUGUCUCGCUUGUUUGGGCUGCUCCAUUGCUAGUGACAUGAAUGAGUGCUGCUGCUGCGGUUUAGGCAUGCCGAUCCGAAGCGUUUACAGAACUAAAUACAACAUACCAGGGUCCCUUUGUAAUGACUUCUGGGCCAGUUACUUCUGCAUGCCUUGUGCGGCCUGCCAAUUAAAGAGAGACAUUGACAUCAGAAAGCGAACUGGAGAAUUCUGAAGAAAAGCUGACCAGGAACAAAUGCCCUGAAAAUAACUAUUCUGUGUGUUGUUAAAGGCAACAGCAAAAAUGGUAUCUAGCAGCCAAUCUACAGUAAACUACCAUCUAGACAAUUAAUUAUUGCCACUUGGAACUCUGUAAAAUAUAUUUUAUUAUAUAGUUAUAUACGCAAAUACUAAUGAACUUCAUGAAAGUGCAGGCUGUUAUGAGCACUGGGUUGAUAACAGAGUUUGUACCACAGUCAUCGUGUUACUCAAAACGAGUGUUGCUUAAUGUCGUGCUUCCAGAUUCAUUUUAUAAUGGAGGUCCAACAGAGAUGAAAUCACUCUGAUUAUAUUGUCAGAUUAUGCCAUGUUGGUUGUGUUGUGAAACUAUUUGUGGCUGUAAAUUAAGAUUCCGUCUUUAGGAGAAUACAGUUUCAUUUUGCAUUAUUUUAUUAUUAAUUUGGGUCAUUUGCAACAUGUUCUUUUAAUACGGUUAGAUUUACUGUAAUGUAUAUUCUUAUUGUAGUUACAUCCACAUACAUUUUUUUGUAGUCACUAAAUUAUAAGAAAGAGCAUUUCAUUUUAAAUAUGUAUGAUGUUAUUGUCAUACAUUAGACAACAGGAUCUAAGCCAGCCUUAUAAUAAAGUUCCUCAAGGUGUGUUAUAAAGCCUUCCAAUGUAACAAAGAAUACAGAAAUAAAUAAAAUACCCUUUUGUC